UGGGCUCUGCUAGUGGGUCAGCUGCUCUGACGUCAGGCCAACAGCUGAUUGCGCCAACUGUGGCCACAGAAGUUGAAGCGCAUCAAUUUAAUCGCAGACUUUGGAAUUUCAACACCUACGCGCCGUUGAACUCCGGCGCUACCUGUAGUGCACCAUAUCGAGUAAGUGAAACUAUUGGCCGUCAUUCCGAGCGAGCCGCGGCUCCCCUUCAGUCAGCCGGAGGAAUGCUGUUGCGACGCGUUCUGGGCUACGGAGUAGUCGGCGCCGGACUGGCCUCCGCCGGCUGGAGCCUGCACACCAACGACUACGAUCCCAACUCACUGGGCAUCGUCCGGCUGUCGCGAUCCGCCGCCGCCGUCGUGGACGUAGCACUCACCUACAAGCGGGAACUUUACUACAGGGAAUGGGAUAAGGAGACUCCCGAGUACAAGGCGGAAAAGAGCCGGGUGCACAAGAUAGCCGCCGAGAAGUUGCUUCAGCUGAUCUGCAUAAACAAGGGUGUCUACAUCAAGGUGGGCCAGCACAUAGGGGCCCUGGAGUACCUGCUGCCCAAGGAGUUUGUGCAGACCAUGAAAGUUCUUCACUCCGAUGCGCCGCAAAACCCCAUUGAGGACCUAUAUAAGGUUAUCCGGCAGGAUCUGCGAUGCAAUCCCGAAGACAUCUUCGACAGCUUCGAGAGGGAGCCCUUGGGAACUGCUUCCCUUGCCCAGGUGCAUAAGGCGCGACUGAAGACCGGCGAGCUGGUGGCCGUGAAGGUGCAACAUCCCUACGUUAAGGGUAACUCCCGCGUGGACAUGAAGACCAUGGAAAUAGCCGUUAAUGUGCUGGCGCGGAUAUUUCCCGACUUCAAGAUCCACUGGCUGGUUGAGGAGUCCAAAAAGAACUUGCCGGUCGAACUCGAUUUCCUCAACGAGGGACGCAACGCCGAGAAGGUAGCCAAGCAGUUCGAGAAGUACUCCUGGCUUCGUGUGCCCAAGAUAUACUGGAAGUACAGCUCUUCUCGAGUCCUAGUCAUGGAGUACCUGGAGGGCGGACAUGUCACGGACUUGGACUACAUACGGCGAAACAAAAUUGACUCCUUUGCGGUGGCCAAUCGCAUUGGACAGCUGUACUCCGAGAUGAUCUUCCGCACCGGUUUCGUGCACAGCGAUCCACACCCAGGAAACAUCUUGGUAAGGCGCACGCCGAAGGACAGUCUAGAGAUAGUUCUGCUGGAUCACGGGCUUUACGCAAAUCUGACAGACAAGUUCCGGUACGACUAUUCCAAUCUCUGGCUGAGCAUCCUGAACGUGGACCGCAAAGCGAUGCGACACCACAGUGAGCAGCUGGGAAUUAAGGGCGAUCUGUACGGCCUUUUCGCAUGCAUGGUGACGGGACGACCUUGGGAGACGGUGAUGCAGGGCCUGACCAAGGUCAAAUAUUCCAAAGAAGAGAAGAACACGCUGCAAAGCAACACGUCACUGGUGCUGCCGCACAUUUCCGACGUGCUGGAGCAGGUGGACCGUCAGAUGCUGCUCAUUCUGAAGACAAAUGACUUGAUCCGCGGAAUUGAGUCCACGCUGCGCACGCAGAACCGGAUGACCGCCUUCUGGGUUAUGUCCAAGUGCUGUGUUCAAUCCUCCUACGCUGAACAGCGAGCCAAACAGUCUGGCUCCGGAUCCUCGCGCAUCCUGUGGCUGCGGGUGCGCGAGCGAUGGGAGCUUUUCAAGCUCAACUGCUACUACCUCUACCUGGGACUGAUUAAUUUCGGUUUCCUCGAAGCACUCCGGCAGGUUUUAUAGGCUAAAUGUGGUCCCCCAAAUAAAAGUACAAAACUCUUGACGAGACAGGAAUGG